AUGCAGCUGUUGGGGCUUCUCAGCAUCCUCUGGAUGCUCAAGUCCUCCCCAGGGGCCACAGGAACUUUAUCCACGGCCACAUCCACCUCUCAUGUGACUUUCCCCAGGGCGGAAGCAACCCGCACUGCCCUCAGCAAUUCUCCACACUCCAGAUACCUGGCUGAGUGGCCACAAGGUGUCCCCCAGCUCGCCUCUCCUGCUCCUGGCCACAGGGAAAAUGCACCUAUGAUGCUCACUACCUCCCCCCAUGACACACUCAUCUCUGAAACAUUGCUCAGCUCUCCAGUCAGUUCCAACACCUCAACCACCCCGACGUCCAAGUUUGCCUUCAAGGUUGAAACCACUCCACCCACCGUGUUGGUCUAUUCGGCCACCACUGAGUGCGUGUAUCCAACGAGCUUUAUAAUCACCAUCUCCCACCCCACCUCCAUCUGUGUGACCACAACGCAGGUGACCUUCACCAGUUCUUACACCCCCACUCCCGUGACACAGAAACCAGUGACCACCGUCACCAGGACUUACCCUAUGACCACUACUGAGAAAGGAACGUCAGCCAUGACAUCUUCUCCCUCUACCACCACUGCAAGGGAAACUCCCAUAGUGACAGUGACACCCUCCUCCUCUGUGUUAGCCACAGACACAACCUUCCACACUACAAUCUCCUCUACAACUAGAACCACAGAAAGGACUCCCCUGCCCACUGGAAGCAUCCAUACGACCAUGUCCCCAACCCCAGUAUUUACUACUCUCAAAACAGCAGUGACUUCCACUUCCCCCAUCACUUCUUCAAUCACUUCCACAAAUACAGUGACUUCUAUGACAACGACCGCCUCCCAGCCCACAGCCACUAAUACAUUAUCGUCACUCACCAGUAGCAUUUUAUCUUCCACACCUGCCCCGAACACAGAAGUGAUCACCAGUCAUACAACAACCACCACCCCACCAUCUACCUUGGUGACCACACUCCCCACUACCAUCACCAGGUCUACACCUACAUCUGAGACGACUCCUACCACAACCUUGGGAAACACCACCACUGAGACCACCUCCCACAGUACUCCCAGCUUCACUUCUUCAGCCAUCUACUCCACCGUCAGCAUAUCCACAGCUACCAUCUCCUCAUUUCCCCCUUCCUCAGGUACCAUGGUGACAUUCACAACCAUGACCCCAUCCUCUCUGAGUACAGACAUAUCUACCACCACACUGAAAAAUAUCACCCAGCCUUCUGUGGGCUCUACUGGUUUCCUGACUGCAGCUACAGACCUCACCUCAACAUUCACUGUUUCCAGUUUCUCAGCAAUGUCCACAAGUGUCACUCCAUCUGCCCCCAGCAUCCAGAAUAAAGAAAUCUCAACACUUGUGAGUACAACCACUACCACCAGUCCCACUGAGAGAAUGACUCUCACAAGUACAGAGAAUACCCCGACAAGUUACAUCCUGACCACCUGUCCAGUGACAUAUUCAUUUUCCCCUUCCACGUCUGCCAGCAGUGACUGGACCACUGACACAGAGAGCAUCUCCUCAGCUCCAGCCAUCACCAGUACACUCCACACAACAGCUGAAUCCACCCUGGCACCCACUACCACCAACUCAUUCACAACAUCCGCAAACAUGGAACCACCUUCAACCGCUCACAUCCACAACUGCCAUCUCCUCAGUUCCCACUACCUCAGGUCCCAUAGUGACUUCCACAACCAUGACCCCAUCUUCUCUGGCUGCAGACAUCCCUACCACCACACUGACAACCAUCACCCAGCCUUCAGUGGGCUCUACUGUUUUCCUGACUACAGCAACAGACCUUGCCUCAACAUUCACUGUUUCCAGUUCCUCAGCAAUGUCCGCAAAAUCUCUCACAAGAGCCAUGACUUCUACUUCUCCCAUCACUUCUUCAGUCACUCCUGCCAAUACAGUGACUUCUAUGACAACAACGACUUCCUGGCCCACAGCCACACAGUCACAGACUCCACGACCGACAUCACCUACUCCACAAGUAUGACAGGUACUUUGUUCACCGAGACGUCUCUCCCACCCACCUCUUCCUCUCUCCUAACCGUAGAAACAGCCACGACUCCUACCACAACCUUGUACAACCACGACUGCCAUCUCCUCAGCUUCGCCUACCUCAGAUAUCAUAGUGACUUCCACAACCAUGACCCCAUCUUCUCUGAGUACCGACAUCCCUUUGACAACACCAACAACUAUCUCCCACUCUUCUGUGGGCUCUACUGA